AUGUCUGGAGAACCUGGUGCUGCCUGGCCCCUCGCCGAUGAGGCUCUGACUCAAAACAUCCUCGACCUCGUCCAGCAGUCUGGCCACUACAGACAGCUACGCAAAGGCGCAAACGAGGUUACGAAGUCGCUAAACAGAGGAACGUCAGAGCUCGUUAUUCUGGCUGCUGAUACCAGCCCAUUGGCAAUCUUGCUUCAUCUCCCGCUUCUCUGCGAAGAUAAGAACGUCGUGUACUGCUUCGUGCCAAGCAAACUCGCCCUCGGCAGAGCUACUGGUGUCUCUCGUCCUGUGAUUGCUGCUUGCAUCACUACCAACGAAGCAAGUGACCUCCAAGGACAGAUUCGCGCUAUCAAGGAGAAGGUUGAGCGAUUGAUGAUCUAG